AUGGUGGAUAAUAGUGAACUUAGAUUCGUGGCUAAAAUCAUUCGAAACAAAUCACGUCAACGAUCAUGUUCCAUUCUAGUUGGUCAAAAUAAUAUAUUUAAUCCUUUAAAAAUUCAUAUUAUUGAACCAUCUCAUAAAAUUAUUGAAUUUGGUUCUAUUGAUUCUCCUUUAUCUUCAACUUCUACUUAUUCUUCAUGUAGUGGUGGAACUGGAAUUGAAUGGAAUAGACGAAAAAGUGUGGCUCAAUUGAUCUUUUAUUGGGAAACUGUUUUCUUGGUAGGUGCAAAAGCUGCUAGAAAAUAUGCUGGAUGGGGUCCUUCAGUUGUUAGUUUAGUAACCAAUCUAGCAAAACAUUAUCGUUGA